CAACCGUUCGUACGCUCAUACUCUCUCUCUCCAUUCACUUUCCAGUCCAAACCAAGAAACAUCAACAACACCCAUCAUCAUGUCCGAUGAGGAGCACCACUUCGAGUCCAAGGCCGACGCUGGUGCGUCCAAGACCUAUCCUCAACAAGCUGGAACCAUUCGCAAGAGUGGUUACAUCGUAAUCAAGAAUCGCCCUUGCAAGGUUGUGGAAGUUUCUACCUCAAAGACUGGAAAGCACGGUCAUGCUAAAUGUCACUUUGUUGCUAUUGACAUCUUCAAUGCCAAGAAACUCGAAGAUAUUGUGCCCUCUUCUCACAAUUGUGAUGUCCCUCAUGUUAACCGUACUGACUACCAGUUGAUUGACAUCUCAGAGGACGGAUUUGUGAGUCUGCUAACUGAUAAUGGUAACACUAAGGAUGAUCUUAGACUUCCAACUGAUGAAGCUCUUCUUACCCAGAUGAAAGAUGCUUUCAAUGAGGGAAAAGAUCUUGUUGUGAGUGUUAUGUCUGCAAUGGGUGAAGAGCAGAUCUGCGGUUUGAAGGAUAUUGGCCCUAAAUAAGCUUGUUGUCGUGUUUUCGAAGGACAACAAACAACCCUUUGGUUGUUUUCUUUACUGAAAAGACUUACUUUGCUAUCUGCAUUUUAAUUUUGAAGCUGUUAAUUUUAUGGGGUUUGGAGUUUUAUUAUAUUUUAUAGACAAUAUGUUGCUACUAUUACUUUGGUCUAUCUUUGUUUUCUUGAGGUCUUUUUAUUAUGAAAAGAGUAUUUUAUAUACUCUUGUCUCAAUAUAUAUCAUGAUCAUCAUCAUCAUC